AUAGGUAACCAUGGAUCUCCAGCGAAAUGUCAUGCACCUUUGCAUCGUAGCACUGAUAAUUUUAUUCAAUUUAUGAUAUUUUCUGGCAUUUCUCUGGAUUUUUUCUCAACGAAUGAUAAAUUCAUAAUUCUCGACCAACCAAAAGAGAUACACACGAGAACAAUGCGGAUGAAAAUAAAUUUGAAUAACACUUUCAUAAGAUACAAAUGCUCUGACAUAGUAAACAACAGUGGUGAACAAUAUUUUUAUCCUGGGAAGAAAGUUUCGAAAAAGAUAAUAAGAGUUAAGAGAGUGACCAAGGCGGUGGACACGAGUGAUUUAACCUCAAAUAUUACGGAUAUCAAAAGGAUAAGAAAUCCAGGAAUUGGUUUGAAUGAAAAUGUUGAUCAUGAUGCCGCAAAAGAAAAUAAAUUGAAAAAUUCAAUAAAUAAAUUCAAACCAAAAUUUAUUCCUGAGAAUUUGAAUGAUAUUUCACUCUGGGAUGACGAUGGGAUAGAUACAAAUUUUGGAGCCAUUAAAAUCAAUAAAAAUGAAAAAGAAUAUUCUUCGGAGAAAAACGAUGGGAAUGUAAAUAAAAAAAUCAAACAGCAAGCCCAACAAAAUAAUAAUGCAAACAGUGGACUAAAGAUUGGAACAGAAACUCGAUUCAAUGAAUUGAACAUGCAAAUGCUUUCGAAAAAAUUGCACGAACAAAUCUUCAUUAAUUCAGGAAAGAGCAUAGACUUGUCCAAUGAAAAAAUCUCAUUUUUAAAACACGAACUGAAGAGAUUCGGAAUGGAGGUAGACGAAAGGGUCUAUAUGCCAGAUGUAUCCAUUGAUUUACCAGCUUUGGAAGGGAAAAAUGUGGAGGAACAUUUUUACAGUAUUGCAAGUGCUCAGUCAAAACCGUAUUUAACGAUAAUUGAAAACAUCCUCCAGAAGAUUCCGUCAAUUCCAAAGGAAUGGUUGCUGCAGGAAGGGUGGACACGAUAUUACAACGGCACAACUGAGAAAGUCGAUUACCCCCUAGAAGAUGGAUUGAUUUUCGACGUUGAGGUGUGUGUUAGAGAGGGCUCCUUACCGACUUUAGCUACAGCAGUGAGCACUGAUGCAUGGUACGGCUGGGUCUCCAAAUCCCUGGUAGGUGGAAGUAGCAUACCAGCAGAGAGUCGUUCCUUCACGCCUGAAUUACUGAUACCCAUUGAAAGUACAAUAGUCGAGCAUGGAAAAAAACUAUCUGAUUACCAAAAGCGUCCAAAGAUCAUUGUGGGGCAUAACGUUUGUUAUGAUCGAGCACGAAUCAAAGAACAAUACUGGUUGAACUCAACAGGCACACGUUUCGUUGAUACUAUGUCUCUACAUAUAUCUGUCAGUGGAAUGAACAGUUACCAAAGAUCUAUAUUACUUUCCCGGAAGAGCGAGCCAACCAGUGACGAAUUCUUGAACUCCACUUCUCUCAACAAUCUGGCUGACGUAUAUUCACUUUAUUGUGGCAAACAGCACCAGAAACAAGCGAGAGAUGUCUUUGUCAGAGGGAGCCUUAUAGAUGUUCGAGAAAAAUUCGAUGAAUUAAUGAAUUAUUGUGCUUCUGACAUUGUGGUGACACACGAGGUGCUUCAAAAUCUAUUCCCCCUCUUUCAAGAGAGAUUCCCUCACCCUGUGACUUUCGCUGGAAUGCUUGAACUUGGCACUGCUUACUUACCCGUCAGUUCCAAUUGGCAAAGAUACAUUGAAGAGUCUGAAGCGACAUUUGAGGACUUGAACUACGAGGCGAAAGUGAGUUUAUCUAAGAGAGCUGAUGAGGUUUGCAAACUCAUGCACAACGACAAAUAUAAAGAGGAUUUAUGGAUGUGGGAUCAAGAUUGGAGUACACAAUCGGUAAAAACGAAAACAAAAUUGGCCAAAAAAGCUUUAGAAGAUAUGGAGAAACAAUCCAAUCAGGAAGAGGCACAACCAUCAGAUUAUGAAAAAUAUUUGACUGAUGAUGAACAUGAAAUCGAUCCUCUGGAAGCUGAAUUCUCCCACUUGAAAGAUACAAAGUAUCUACUCCCUGCAAAGUUUCCGCACAUGUCAGGCUAUCCCGCUUGGUAUCGUAAACUGUGUAUGAAGCAACAUGAAGAGAAUUGGAUUGUUGGGCCCCAAAACAUCAGCACUUCAAUGAAAAUAACUCCCAAACUAUUAAAUUUAACUUGGGAAAACUAUCCGGUUCACUACAUAAGAGAUCACGGAUGGGGUUUCUUGGUACCAUAUAAUGAUCAUCUUGACGUCAAUACGCAACUCCCCCUGAAACAAUUGCUCACCCAGUGUCCUUUACCCACAAGACCUUUCGGUCCCCAGGAUGCCAGUUAUGCAAUGGCCUCUCUCCAGAAGGAUGUACAAAAUGAGCUCCAUAAGAUAGAAUUGUGGAGAGACAAAAAACGGAAGCCAAAGAAAAAUGAUGGAGAGCCUGAGGUAUUCUAUAAAGGUACUGGUAUCUGGUGUAAUGUUGAUAUUGAUAACUGUUGCUGGUUCUUUAAACUGCCCCACAAGGAUGGACCCAGUCUCAACGUGGGAAAUCCCCUGGCCAAAGAUUUCUUGAACAAAUUUUCAGAAAAUAUUCUCGCUGGUUUGGACUCAAGUGCAACAGAAGUUCUGAAAAUAGCGAGAAUAGUUUCAUACUGGAGGAAUAAUCGCGACCGGAUAAUGUCACAGCUGGUCAUCUGGUGGAAUGCCGAAAGUUUACCAUUAUCAAUUAUUCGAAGCCACCAGCACACUAGUUACGGUGCGAUAAUCCCUCAGGUCGUAGUGAGUGGCACUCUAACGAGGAGAGCAACCGAACCUACGUGGAUGACCGCUUCUAAUGCACACAUUGAGCGAGUUGGAUCCGAGUUGAGAGCUAUGGUUCAAGCACCACCGGGUUUCAAUAUUGUAGGAGCUGACGUCGAUAGUCAAGAGCUUUGGAUCGCUUCGUUGAUUGGUGAUGCCUAUUGUGCUGGAGUUCAUGGAGCUACACCCUUUGGUUGGAUGACACUUAUCGGAAGUAAGUCGAAGGGGACAGACAUGCAUAGUGUGACGGCAAAGGCCGUGGGAAUCUCUCGAGAUCACGCAAAAGUUAUAAAUUACGCCAGAAUUUACGGGGCUGGGGUGAAAUUUGCCGAGAGACUUUUAAAACAGUUCAAUCCAUGCAUGGGGGAGUCUGAGGCAGUUUCGAAAGCGAGAAAAAUGUUCAGUAUAACAAAAGGAAAAAAAAUGUAUCGACUCCGGGUACAAUUCAUCAAUGAUGAUGUUGAGGAGCGCGAUUAUUCUUCAUGGGAGGCUUAUCAAUUGGCCAAAGUUCAUGGGAAGAAAGUUGAGGAGAUGUUUGGGCCCACCAAAUGGUGUGGAGGUUCUGAGUCAGCGAUGUUCAACAGACUAGAAGAAAUUGCAGAUAGUCUUCACCCAGUGACCCCAUUCCUUAGCUCACGACUCAGCCGAGCUUUGGAAGUCGCAGAGGAGCACAAAGACAAAUAUCUGCCCACCAAAAUUAACUGGGUUGUACAGAGCGGUGCUGUUGACUUUCUCCAUCUCAUGCUUGUCUGCAUGAAAUGGUUAAUGCGUGACAACGCUCGAUUCUGUCUCUCCUUCCAUGAUGAAAUUCGAUAUAUAGUACCUUCACGAUAUAAGUACAAUGCUGCCCUAGGAAUGCACGUUACAAAUCUACUCACGAGGUCUUUCUGUGCCUCGACACUUGGCAUUAACGAUUUGCCGAUGUCUGUAGCAUUUUUUGCCUCUGUCGAAGUGGAUUCAGUUCUCAGGAAGGAAUCCACUAUUGACUGUAAAACUCCUUCAAAUCCCCAUGGACUUGAAAACGGAUAUGGCGUGUCUCCUGGAGAAAGUUUAGGUGUGUGGGAAGCCGUGGAAAAAUCUGGAGGAUCACUUGGCCCAUGGCACAUGGCGCAAAUGAGGAAAAAAAAGUUAGAAGUAGAACAGGAUAAAGUUGAACAAUUUUAACGAGCGAAGCACGUGAAAU